AUGCCGCGUCUACGGGGGGGGUCACGGGACCACCGCCAUACAGGUAGACGUCGGUACCGCAUUGGGCCUAGCGUGAUCGUAGCAAGGACAUCAACCUCGCACGCCACGGAUCUCAGAUACCCAUCAUCAAGAUAUCCGGAUGCUUUAAGGCACGUUCCUAGCUCUUCUUCACGGGAAUUGGUUCCCACAAUAGAGGGUAUAAGCGCGGUUGGGAAUACGAUUCCUCCAUUGCUUAUUUUUACUGGAAAGGUUAUCCUUGAGAGCUGGUUCCAAUAUCUCAAAGAAGAUGAGUGGAAAGUGACUAUAAGCGAAACAGGCUUUUCAAAUGAUGAGAUUGCGUACGAUUGGCUCAAACAUUUCAAUGAGCAUACACGAGAACAAGCAGGAAACAAUUUUCCGCACCUUGGAGGUUAUUUUUACGAUAAGAUCGAUUUUUUGGCCAAUAUUGCUCGUGUACGCGCUGACGCCCUUACUCCACGAGUUAUCCGGAAUGGAUUUUCUGCGCGUGGGCUUUGGCCUUUCAAUCCAGAGAUAAUUGUCGGUCCUUUAAUUGAGAAAUGGGACCUCCAAGAAGGGCAAGAGUUGCUAAUUUAUGAUGGCAAUGAGGAGCCAGAUAUCUCAAGUUCACCCACAAAUGGUUCAUUUUCUCCGCCAACUACUACGUAUAAGCUUCAAAGAUCAAUUACUAAGGUUGACGCCCAGCUAAAUGAGAUUUCCAACGUGAUUCCUAGUAUCCGGAGGAGUCUAAAAAAGAUUUUUGACGGAAGCCUCACGCAGGCCCAUCUUAAAGAUCAACAACAGGCUCAAAUCGAGCGCAUCCAAACGCUCAAUGAACGCAAAUCCGCCAAAAAAAAAAAAAAAAUAAGCGCCAGAGCCAUCAAAAAGCGUGCUACAGCUGAGGAAAAGAAGGCCGAGAGGAAGAGGCUCAAAGAGCUACGGCAAGCACUAUUGGGAUCAAUGCAUCCCCCGCUUACACCAAGUGACGAGGCGGCGAUUGAUCGUAAUACUCUAUUGAAUUUGAUUGAACAGGCUUACCCAAGAUGCUCAGAUCCAAAUUUGAUUCGUUGGGUUGACGAGAGAAUGUAAAUUUGUUAGCAAUUUCCGUACAAAAAAUCAUUUAUCU